UAUGGCGGCACCGUUUACGUACGAUUCAGCGCUCAAUGCGGCGUCUAUGUAUAUAUGUCUAUGGUCUGUAUGCUCUGCCGGUGUUUUAAUGGAAACUCCGGAUAUGAAUAUAAAUAUAGAUAGUUUGGAUUUGAGCAACGGUCUCGAGAGCGUCCCUGUUUUAAUCAAGAAGAGUUCAGGUGCGCUGACAUUUCCCGUGUUUCAGUAUUCUCCAGAUAACAUUCAGGGACCAGGAUGCACUGUUGACCCCAGUGAAGUCACCCUUCCUGGAUGCUCCUGCAUUUCCCACUUGUGCUUCACUGAGAGCUGCUCCUGCCUGCAGACACAUGGCCAGGCAUACAACAGCACCGGCACACUGCUGAACCUGAGCAGAACACACUCUGGUUACUGCUCACCUGUGUUUGAGUGUAACGCCCUUUGCCCCUGCAGUGAUUUCUGCUCUAACCGGGUGGUGCAGGGAGGACUUAGAUUCAGGUUGGAAGUUUUCAGCACCAAGAACAGGGGCUGGGGGGUACGGACACUAGAGGCAAUCCCGCACGGGACAUUUGUGUGCGAGUAUGCAGGGGAGGUGAUCAGUUUUGAGGAGGCUAGACGCAGACAGCUUGCCCAGAGAUCUGAGGAAAAUAACUACAUCAUUGCCGUCAGGGAGCAUGCAGGCGUGGACUCCAUCACUGAGACGUUUGUGGACCCUGCCAUGGCGGGAAACGUAGGCCGCUUUCUUAACCACUCCUGCCAGCCCAACCUGUUCAUGCAGCCAGUCCGUGUGCACUCUGUGGUUCCUCGACUGGCGCUGUUUGCUGGACGGAACAUUGAUGCACAAGAGGAGCUGACGUUUGACUACUCAGGAGGAUACAGCAAUCAACCUCCUGUGGAGCUGCUGUCCACUCAAAGUGAUGCUGCCAUACAGGCCAGUAGGACAGACGGCCUCCAGAGGAAAGAGUGCCGCUGUGGUGGCAACAACUGUGUUCAGUUGCUUCCACUGGAUUUAUCUAUUCUCAACUGAAAUAAUCUAAAUUUAAUCAUGAAAAUGGAGAAAAGAUUUUUAUAUAAAACUAUGGCUACAUAGUUCUCUCUAUUUCCAGUAAAACCUUGGUUAAUUCAGCCACUGGUUAGAAAAAGAAACAAUCUGUGGCUCCUUCAAGACAAUCAGCUGGAUGAGUCAUGUCUGUGCCCGUCAUUGUUUCCUGUUUGGUUCUCCCUAGUGUCUCUUGAUCUGGUAUUGUCUCCCACUCAAAUGUAAGAUGAUGCAAACUAAAACUCAAGGCAGAAAAAAACAAGACUAUUAUUUUUCUGAGAGAGAAAACUUGUUGACAUUUCUGUCUGUUCUUUCACAAUCCAUUUCAUCUGUCAGGGGAGGGCUUGUCCUGUGUAGGACAAGUGUUUCCCACCAGAUUUACUUGCAGCUCUAAUCUUGUCCGAGCAGGUAUAAACCCCAUUUCUUACACGACACAGGAAUCUGGAAGGAACUGAAGCAUCAUUUGCGCUGACAGAAAUGAGAGGAAUGAUGUUUAAUAGGUUUCUUUUAAUAGCCACAUAGGCCACAGAAUUGAUCUUUACACCCUUGGUUGCCAAAGUUUCAUGCAAUAAGAUGUCAUCAUGCCAGUAAAAACAAAUCAUCAAAAUUCUCAGUUAAAGUAAUAGCUGUCAUGUUUCCAUCAACUUGACAUUUCUUUUCUGUGUUCGUGCGAUGCAGCCUCCUGUUGCAGAUAUUCUCAGCUCCUCAUCGCACUCGAACCUCCAGAGAGGUGGGAGCAAUUAAAAAGAGCCAGGGGGGAUUUUUUUUAUAUAGAAACGGACUUUAUCCCCCCGUCAAAGGAGGGGCGAAGGUGUCCCACUUUAGUGUGACGUUUCUGAAUCAGGAUCCUCUCUGUUCAAUCUGACCCGUUUCUAGUCUAGACCUGCUUUCAUUUUAUUAAUAUCCACAUCUGGGUUAAUUAGGAUGGAGACCGUGUUUCAUCCAGAAUUGGGACCAGUGCUCCAGCUACACUGGGGCUGAGAGAGACUAAAUGGUGGGAGGAGAUAGAAGCCCUGUGCUGAUCGGAGACCACUGUCAAGUUGAUUGGUUUCUGUGUCACCCAGUGGACCGGUUAAAGGCGCAGUCGUUGUUGUUUUGACCCAUAUUUUCUCCUCUGUGAGGGUUACCUGAGAUUUCUUUCUGUUUAAAAUGAGCUGUUCUUUGCAUGGACCAAAUAUAAUAUGUAAAUUUUAAGCUACAAGAAGCAUCUGGUUAGCUUAGCUUAGCACUAGCAGUAACCUUACUGCACCAGAACCAUCUGGGAAGUCGUUGGAAAAAGGGGCGAGCACUUUCAAAAAAAUACAGGCAAGGUGAUUGGAUGAAUAAUGUCUUCAACCAAUCAGAUAACACAGUCAAACUCUUACCUAAGCCUGAAGUCAGAAAAGGAUCACAAACAUCUUUCUUCUUUGGAUGAAUAAAUACUCUCCACAUUGGAAAUAAUUGAUGCAAGCAGCAUCUUUUUACCAGACACCAUUGUUGUUUUCUGGCAAUUACACACAACCUUGCAAUAGACCACACAUGUAGCUCAUCUUGUAGCUGCCUCUACUUCCCCACAAGCUGCUGACUGGUCUGUAACCACUGUUCAAACACAGGCGCAUAGCUUGAAGCCUGGCAAGAUGGAUUCUUGCUUGAAUUUGUCGUCUAGCUGCCUCACAAGGUUCAUGGGUCACCUGCCACUGUCCUAAAAAACUAAAUCCACCCACAAUAGUUUAACAUGUUGUAUCUCAUCCGUUUAAUCUGAACUGACUGUAGAGUGUAAAAAUGAGACACUGUGACUUGUCUUGCCAUAACCAAUCUCAGAACCCACAGUGACAGUGAUUUAGCCUCUGGGGGCAAAGACCCAUGUUUCUAGGCUUCCUGUGUAGUCCAUAUCCACUGACUACACAGGAAGCCUAGAAACAUGGAUCUUUGCUUUGGAUCCAGAUAAGAGAUAACCAGGUCAACUUCCUCCAUAGUCCAAUUGGCAACCUAAGACGAGAAAGACACAAUUCCAGUAUUCUCUGUAAACUGAUAUCUGCAUGUGAAUGGAUUUAAGCUAAGUUAAUAAAAUGCUAAAAAACGAAA